AUGAAGCCUUCAACACUUUUUGAAGAUGUAAUGGAAAGGCUUGAAAAGUAUUAUAUUAGACCUCAAAAUGUUGAAAGCAAUUUGACUUUUCAUGGUUCAGUUGAUUAUAUUUCUGCUGAAAGAACAGAAUUUAGCAAUACAAAGAAAGGUGAAUCAUUUGCUCAAGGUGUUGGCGAACUUCUUGGGCAGAUUAAGGCGCUACAUAUAGUAUAA